AUGAGCGAAAUAGAGUCUUACGAGGAUGAAGGAGAAGGUAGCAGUUCUACUGAAAAUCCGUUAGGGAAAUCAUUCAAUUGCUUCAAACUUUUACACAGAAAACGUUACGAGGGCCAACGCAACAGUUUGGGCGAGCGCCACGGCCUCGGCCGAUGUCAGCUGCCGGGCGGCGAUGCCUACGUCGGCAAUUACUAUCACGGCCUGCGUCACGGCAAGGGCUGCUACGUGUACGCCCGGAGCGGGGCGCGCUACGACGGCACCUGGCGACGCGGCUUCAAGCACGGACACGGCUGCUUUCUCUAUCCCGACGGUACGCGUUACGAAGGCGACUGGAAAAGGAACAAACGAAGCGGCAAGGGGAUUUAUUAUUAUCAAAACGGCGACGUGUACGAUGGCGCCUGGCGACAGGAUUUGAGACACGGCCUGGGUGUGUACAUCUACGCCAACAGCGGAAGCAAGUACGCAGGCACGUGGAACGCUGACCGGAUGCAGGGCCCGGGCCAACUCAUUCACGAUCAACAUAGCUAUCACGGAAUUUGGGACAGAAAUCUUCCAGACGGAAUGGGUUGCUACGUGUUUCAGACGAAUCUUUACAUGCAACACGGUGUCUAUGUUCUCCUGUCCGAGUUAGAUCAAUCUUUCUCCUCCGAAGACUUGUGCGAAGAGUACUCGGAAGAAGGGUCGAGCGCCUCCGCGGCCGAAAUGAGUGGGAACUCGAGGGUCAGCGUCGCCAAGGGACCAGCCGAGCCCGUGAUUCUCAAGCCGUUGCCGCUGAGGAUUGGCCUCGUGCCUGCCUGGAGGGCGAGAUGCGUCCUUCGCUUCGAUCGGAAUAAGAUGCCGUCCAAGCCCGAAAUUCCCAUCGAGACGUCUUCGCUCGACUCGUUGGACGAUGAUGACGCGUGUACCUGCGAGGAUGAAAUUAUUAAACCAUGCGGGGUGGAUUCCUUCGUGAGUAGCAAUCGAUUCACCGGAUCGAGUGAGGCUGAAACAUACGGCGUCGAAUCAGCAUCGAGUUCGAUCAUCAAGGGCGACGAAGGGGAAAAUGAAACAAGUUCGAAGGUAGAGGUGCUAGAUAAACUCGAUGAAGCAGAAAAGAUUUGUUCUCCUGCAAAUGUUGGACAAUAA